GCCCAAGUAAAAUAAUAAAAAAAAAACUAAAAAUAUGAAUAUCAAAGAACACUUCCGGAUGAAUUAUGCUUAGAUUUUUUUUCCGUAGCAUAGUGACCUUGUUUCCAUUCCAUAUGAGCAUAUUGAUCUUGCCGCUAAGCGGGUAAGAAAAGACAUUAUCAUUUCAAAAGUGAUGCAUUGAUGGCAAUCUAUUAUGAAAAAAAAAAAUAUUAUAGAUCUUGGAGAGUAUGCAAGAGCGGGAAUAUAGUACAAAGACUUGGAACCAACAUGUAUUGAAUCCCAAACAAUUAAACCAACAUACUGUAGAUUGGAUUUUUUUGGUGGAUUUACUCAACUUUUCUUUCUGGAGUGAUUUGGAUCAUGCUGAUAAAGCAACACCUCAUCCUGAUCGAUAUGCCAUCACAUAUCAAGGAGUUGCGUAUACUGGAUAUUGGUCACUCUGUGCUGCCAUCAAUCGUGCAUUGGAUCAUGGUAUCCCUGUUACUACCUUCAAGUAUCUUGCUGAAGCAAAUGAAAGUGAGCUGGCUCUGAUUUUUAAAUCAGAUACGAAGGAAGAAAUCCCUAUGUUGAAAGAACGUAUCGAGUUGAUGAAACAUGCUGGAAAAGUGAUGUGCCAGUACUUUGAUGGUUCUUUUAUUCAUUGUAUCGAAAAAGCCAAUCGAUCAGCUCAAGCUUUGAUUGAUUUACUUUUGGAAUAUUUUCCCUCCUUUCGAGAUAUUCAUGAAUUCAAGGGUAGAAAAGUAUACAUAUUGAAGCGAGCUCAAAUUCUGAUUGCGGAUAUUUGGGCAUGUUUUGAUGGAUCUAUGUAUGGAGAAUUCUAUGAUAUUGAUACCAUCACGAUGUUUGCUGAUUACAGAGUUCCUCAGGCAUUGUAUCAUUUAGGUUUAUUGGAGUAUAACACAGAAUUAAAAACAAAAUUGAUAAAGCGCGAAAAAGUAUUAUCCGGUAGUCAAGAAGAGAUUGAAAUACGUGGCAAUUCAAUUUGGGCUGUGGAAUUAGUCCGCCAAAAAAUCCAAGAACAGUAUCAUAACAAGACUAUCAAUGCCAUUUUAAUCGAUUUUUAUAUUUGGGACCUGGCAAAAGAAAUUCAAAACCAACUCACUGUACCUACUCAUCAUACACGUAGUUGUUUCUAUUAAUCCUUCAACUCAAAUUGCAUUUACUCCAUUCAUCAUUAUUCAUUCUUCUUUCUUCUUCAAAAUAAACUAAUACUAAAAGAUUUGGUUAAAAUCGGAUACAGAAAUAUUGACUGUUAUUUC